AUGACCGAAGAUAAUAACCCAUACUCUUCAAGCCCGCCGAAACAUAAUGUUAAAAUUGGCCGGUACCAGGGGUUCUCGAAUUGGCAGCCUCUCAGUACAGAAAGUACAAGCCCUAUGACAACACAUGGACAAGGCGCCUUGUCUAGACUUAUCAAGAAUCAUUCAAAUGGAUCACUGGCUACCAUUCGGCGUACGUCCGCAUCGAUUCUAGGUAGAGAAUCUUCGGAUGAUGAAGAGCGCCCUCGUAGUGUAUUUGACGACCGCGAUGAUCUCAGUGAGAGACGCCUGAGUGCUGUUCUCAAUGGACCUCAGAUGCGUAGUCAACGCCUUAUUGGCAAUAGCAAUCCGCGAUAUAAAUGGGAGAGGUAUUGGAAAACCGAGGAAGACUUGAAGGGUAUGAAGAAAUCGAUACGCCAGUACUACGAACGAACGAAUUCUCUCAUUCAACAAUACAUUUACAUUGAUCGGCUACUUGAUUCUUCGAUACCUCAUGACCUCUUGAAUGAAUACGAGCACAAUGCAUGCAGUGGGCGAUUUGAAGUGCCCACUACGAUAUCAGAAGAACCGCGUACACCCCCGGAACUAGAAACCCCAGCAAACAAUGGCAAUACCUCUAUAUCCGUACCGAAGAGAAUAAAACGGACACCGCGAGAAAUUUACAAGGUAACGGAAGAGACACCUCUUCUCGUCUUUGAGGGAGAUAGCGAAUACGAUGGGCCAAAGCCUGAAAUUCCCGGUAUGGAGGAUGACAGUGUCGAGAGUGGUGAUAGAAUUGUGCAGAUUGCGAUUUACAUCAAUUUAAUUGCCAAUACUGUUCUUCUAGCUGGCAAAAUUGCCGUCAUCGUGCUAACAAGCUCUCUCUCGGUUCUUGCUAGUCUUGUCGACGCCGGAUUGGAUUUCCUCAGUACAGCGAUCGUUUUCACGACCACUAAAAUGAUUGAACGUCAAGAUCAGUAUUCGUACCCUGUUGGUCGUCGGCGUCUGGAGCCCAUCGGUGUUCUUGUCUUCAGUGUCAUCAUGGUCACGUCUUUUUUUCAAGUGGCUUUAGAAUGUUUUUAUCGCCUCUCCUCGGACGAUCGUGAUAUUAUCGAGCUUACUCUACCUGCCAUCGUUAUCAUGUCUUCAACAGUUCUCAUCAAGGCACUUUGUUGGCUUUGGUGUCGUCUAAUCAAGAACUCUAGUGUUCAAGCUCUUGCUCAAGAUGCCAUGACUGACGUGAUUUUCAACAUCUUUAGUAUCAUCUUUCCUCUCGUUGGUUUCUACGCCCAACUAUGGUGGCUUGAUGCACUGGGAGGUCUCUUACUUUCUUUCUUCGUCAUCAUAAACUGGGCUGGUACCUCCGCCGGCCACAUCCGUAAUCUAACCGGUGCUGCUGCCACCGCCGACGAACGUAACGUUCUCCUCUAUCUCACCAUGCGUUUCGCACGCACCAUCAAGCAAAUCCAAGGCCUACAAGCCUACCACGCUGGCGACAAACUCAACGUCGAAGUCGAUAUUGUGCUAGAUGAAAGCAUGAGUCUUCGCGAUAGUCAUGAUUUGGGCGAAUCAUUACAGUAUGUAUUGGAAUCAGUUCCAACGGUUGAUAGAGCAUUUGUUCAUCAAGAUUAUGCGGGUUGGAAUUUACCUACUCAUAUGCAACAGCAGGGUGAGUAA